AUGUCGAUCGGAACUGAAACCACAGAAAGCAGCGCUGACCUAGUCAUCGUCGGGGGAGGCCCUACGGGACUGGCAAUUGCGGUCCUUGCUCGUUCAUUAGGACUCUCAAUUCGAAUCCUUGAUGCUAAAGAAGGUCCCCUGGAUCUGGGUCGCGCUGAUGCGCUGAAUGCGCGCACCCAGCAAUACCUUGAGGUCUCCAAGACACUAGACACGCUCCUACCACAAGGAAUCACUUGCAACACAAGCUCCACGUUUGAGGCCGGUGAAUUCACCUCCCGCCAAAGCCAUUGGUGGACGUCACUGAAACACACCUUCCGGCCCAACUUUCUCAUGAUCGGUCAACCGCGCGUGGAGGCCGCUCUUCUCGAACAACUCGAUACCCCCGUUGAUUACGGUCGCACCGUAUUAUCCGUCACCGAGUCCGCGACAGGUGUUUCAGUCACCACGAAUAAAGGAGAAACUUUCCGAGGGAAAUAUGUCGUUGCAGCAGAUGGAGCACGGUCGUUUGUGCGAACCGCACUAGACAUUCCGUUCACGGGCACAAAACCCGAGAUGAUCUGGGCGGUUCUCGAUACGUUUAUUGAGACCGACUUCCCUGUUUGUCCGGAGAUCAUCACUUUCCAGGUCAACGGGCAGUCGAGAGUGGCAUGGAUCCCUCGAGAGCGCGGCAUGUCCCGUUUCUACAUCCUUUUACAAGGAGAAGUCACCCAAGCCAAGGCCGAAGCAUCUGUCCGUGCACACAUGGCGCCUCACAAUGUCGAAUUCCUCAAGACGGAAUGGUUCAGCACAUUUGACAUCAAGGAACGUAUCGCCGAGACCUUUAUCUCCCAAUCCGGCAACGGUCGCAUUAUUCUGGCAGGCGACGCAGCACACGUGCAUGCGGUGAACGGCGGGCAAGGCCUCAAUACCGGUAUUGCAGACGCGUUCGCCUUGACUUGGCGGCUUGGACUAGCCGUCAAGGGCCUUUCAAGUCACGAGGUUCUCCGCAGUUAUGAUACCGAGCGGCGUGCCGUCGCGGCUGGGGUCAUCGAGGUAGCUUCGAAGCUAGUGCGGACGACUGUGAAGACGGCGUUGGAAUACGUGGAUGCGAUCGAAAGAAACGCAGGAUAUAUCACUGGCAUGGGUGUGUUCUAUCCUCCGGGAAUUUUGGUUCGCGAGUCAGAAUUCGGAGAAUUCAUCGCUGGUCAUCGCUGUCCGGAUUUGACUAUCAAUGCACUCUCAGACUCUCAAGAUAUCAGUGCAGGAGAAGAAAGGAGACUCUACACUCUCUUCCAGUAUGGGAAAUUCGUUGUUUUAUUCCUUGGAGACGAGGCUGGAUCGGCAUCGUCAGCGGUGGUGAAAAAGUAUCAAGAAGUCGCGGAUUUCUGGAAUGUUCGCGCAGACAAUCAGCGCAGUGAUAGUGGCAUCCCUGAGUAUCAAGCAAACUGGGUUGAGAACCAGUCUGGGGUUGUGGUGAUUCGCCCUGACUUAUACACGGGAUAUGCGGGAGAGAAGUGGGCGGAUUAUCUCGACGCGUUGUUGACGGCGGGAACCUCGUGA